CCCUACUAGAGAAACAUGUCCUCCGAGAAUUCACUUUAUAUUUUUUCACGCUUUUAAAUGUCGAAUUCAACAGUAUAUGAAAUGUGUGUUAGAGUGUCUUGUUUUAUUUUUAAUUUAGAAAUAUUCACAAUGGUUGAGUGUUUUUAAAAUGAAUCAGACUUUGGCCUGUUAUGUGGAUCAUAAUUUACUCGUGACAUCAAACAACAUCAAAGGACCAGGUAUUUCAAAGAUUUAUUGGAAUGCUGAUUUAUAAGGUCCUGAGGGCCGUCCCUCGCAUGAGAUGAAUGUCUUCCACCAAAAUGCCCCCCGCCCACCAGUCGUACCAGGCCAUUCCAGGUGAGGAAACAGAGGGAGUUCCAAAAGAAAGUAGUGUUGCCAGCAAAAUAGUACCCAACAACACAGCACCCACUCCUCGUACUUCCACCUUAUAUCAGACUUCUAUUCAUGAUGGAUGUGCACCUUUGGGCUUUGAACCAGAAGGGCAGAGCGGCUCACCCAAGAGGGAGACUGCUUUGCCUCCUGGGUGUCUUACCUGGGCCAGGGAUCUCCACUCUCUUCUGUCUGAUCCUGAAGGCGUUAAACUCUUUCGGAAAUACCUUGAAGAAGAAGGGGCAAGUGACGCCCUUGAUUUUUGGUUUGCUUGUGCUGGACUGCGCAAACAGGCACCAAGUCCACCCGACAAGGUUGCCCAGAUAGUCCGUGUUAUUUAUAGGAGAUUCUUCCUCAAAACCCAGUUAGAAAUUGAUGACUCCCUAAGAAAACAGGUUCAUACACGUCUAAAAGACGCAACAACACCCUUGGAUAUUCAUGUAUUUGAUGAAGCUUGUGAAUCGGUUGAGAAGCUUAUUACAGAUACUACCUACCCAAACUUUCUUAGAUCUGAUGUAUAUCUUUCUCAUGUGCGAGCUAUACAAACUGGACCAGUUUCUGAUUUGAGUAGCAGUAGUGGUGAAAGUGGAGAAGUAAGUGCCGAUGGAGGUCAAAGCAGUGGAGGUCUCGCAACUCUCCAUGAAGACAAGGAGUUAGAGACUACUUCAUCGUUCCCACCCCUUACUAAAGAUAUGUUGUAUAUUACUCAACAAAGGAGGGCAGUCGGCCUCCGCCCGAAGACAGAAACCUUUGCUGGCUUAUACCUCCACGGCGGCCCUAAAGGAGGAGCCCGUGCCUAUUCUUCUUACAACCCUGUGUCUCGUCAGGAUUCGGAACUCCAGAGUCUCAGUUCAGAUGCCAGAACUGAAUCUGAUAACAUGUCUCUUACUGAUAGUUCACUGGAUAGCAUGUCUUUAAGUCACCACAAAAUGUCCCGUAAGCAGUACCAACGACACUGUCAAAGGGUAAAGGAAUCUGCAACUCUUAAUCGGGAUCCUUACAUGCACCAGACUCUAAUACCAAGGACACAGAGGAUCCAAACCGAAAAGUUGCAUAAAAUGGAACCAGAACAGUUUGCUGCUAUCCUCAUCAAAAAACUGGAAAGUGUUAAAAGAAGCCAAGAGAUCCAAGAAAAACUAGCCCAUAAGCUCUUUGAGAGUGAAAUUGGAGAAGGUGGUGGCCCAUCUGCAAGAAGUUUAGCGGAUGCAAUUAGAGAAAGAUUUCAGAUAGACGAUGAUAAUGACCAAGAUAUCUUAGAUCAACAUGUUUCUCGAGUCUGGUCAGAUCUAACCCCCGCAAGGACCCCAGGCGUCACAUCACCUCGACCCAAGUCUCCAGAUUUUAGAAGGGCAAGACCUAAUCAACCUAUGAAUAAGGUGUGUGUGAGUGGAGGUGGACCAACUAAUGCUCCAUAUGUAGGCCAUCAUCCAAUGUCGGUGCCCCAUCCUUACCAAACAAGGCCUUACACUACAAGGCAUGUUAGGUCUAAAGAUAGGGAUGUAUUUUCUACAUUCAGUUCCGAUUCUGGAAACGUACAUGACUAUCUAGAAUCACUAGACCACCGAGGGCACCUUCCGAAGAGUAAAUCUAUGCCUGAAUAUGCCGACUCAUCCGACACCUAUGCCUCUCUUCAAAGUCAUGAUGGAAGGUUUCGGGGGAGCCGAGAGUGGGUCAACAGUGGUGGGAACAGGAGGUAUAGCAAGAAACCAGAGCUCACAGACAGCGGUGUCAGCGUUGUUUCUGAGUCGGUGUCUAACCAUGGCUCUCUGCCCAAGAAAGAUAGUCGUGUAUUGACUUGGCUGAUUGACAGUGACCAAACAGGUGGUUGUAACAUGUCAGAAAGAGAUUCUGCUUCAUCUUGUUCUGGAGGUUCGCGAUUUGACAGUAAACACCAUGCCAGGGGUAGACGCACACCACCACCUGGUAGUAACUACAUGGGCGACUCAUCACUCGUUCCUUCUAUGAUACAGGCAGAGGAGGUUCGAAGGAGGCUAGAGGAUCCGCUUAGAACUAAACAAGUGAGGCCAAGGUGCAGCAGUGGACAACCAAAAGUAGAUCCAGUAUCAUGUGGUUCAACAUUGAAGAAAGGAAAAUCGUCUUCAUCAGAAGGCUAUACCACCGUUGUCUUUUCUUUUUGUGAUGAACAGUUCCCGUACAGAUCAAAGAUCCCUGGUCAUUCCAUCACACUGAAACAAUUCAAGGAAUUUCUGCCAAAAAAAGGAAAUUACAGAUUCUUCUUUAAAACGGAGUGUGAAGAAUUAGACAUGCAAGUUAUUCAAGAAGAAAUUACAGACGAUAAUGAGGUGCUCCCACUGUGGGAAGGAAAAGUAAUGGCCCAAGUGAAACCCGUAGACUAAGUAAAAAUAAAAAAAUGUCAUUUGCCAUUCAUUGCCUGUUUGGCUUUAUAAUUAAUGACUGCAUUUUUACCAAAUGCUCCUUGUUUAAAUACUUUUGUUUCUCUCUAAUUGAAAUUGUUGCAAUGUCUUCCAAUUUAGAUUAGCCAGUUGAGAAUUCUGUUUAUUUACUCUGUAUUUUUCACAAAUUGUACAUAAAACUAUAAUUUAAUUUUAAAAAUGGUGCCUUUAAUCAUAUAUAAUUCCUUUUCUUGUACAUAUUUUAAUUUUCUGUUAUUUAUAUUAUCAUCUAAUUGUUAUCUGUUGAAAGACUCCAUUUUUAAAUGUAUUUAAGAAGCAACAAUUGUUUUGUAAAUACUGAAACCAAUAUAAUAAAAAAUGUUAUUGUAAAUAACAAGGUGACUAUUAAUUGUUUAUU